AUGGCAACGAACAUUACAUGGGAUCAAAGUAAUGUUUCGCGUGGAGAACGCGAAAAAUUACUAGGUCAAAAAGGCUUAACAAUUUGGUUUACUGGACUAUCUGCUUCGGGAAAAUCAACCAUAGCGAGUGCCUUAGAAAAAUAUUUAUUAACGAUGAAUAUAUCAAGUUACAGACUUGAUGGUGAUAAUAUUAGAUUUGGCUUAAAUAAGGAUUUGGGUUUUGGUCAAAAAGACCGGGAAGAAAACAUUCGAAGAAUUGCUGAAGUUGCAAAACUUUUUGCAGAUUCUACAACAAUCGCACUUACUUCUUUCAUUUCACCUUACAAAUCUGACCGAGAAAUCGCCAGAAAAUUACAUGAAGAUUCCGGAAUUCCUUUUGUUGAAGUAUAUAUUGACGCACCUCUUGAAGUUGCAGAACAACGUGACCCGAAAGGAUUAUAUAAAAAAGCAAAAGCUGGUGAAAUUAAAGAUUUCACUGGAAUCUCGGCUCCUUACGAAGCACCACCAUCUCCAGAAAUCCAUAUCCAUACUGAUAAAACUACAGUAGAAGAAAGUGUCAAGGUAAUCUUAUAA